AACUUCGCGAGACUACAUUCUCUAUUGUCGUCUCUCUUCUGCACCAUUAUCGCGAGGUUUGAUCAGCUGUUAGGUCUGUUUUUAGAGUCUAGUGCUUGGACGGUCAACACGUGGGGAGGAUCGAGAAAGAGACAGACACAGAGUAGGGGAACACGUUGGGAUUGAGUCGGGCCCGGAAAACGUAACAUAUCACGAUCAUUUAAUUCACUGUGGCGGCACGGUGGACGUUUAAAUACUGUGUAGCUGCUAGGGUCCUGAGGAGAUGCCACUGAGGUUCCGGUCCAUUGUCCCGUACACACUGCCUGGAGUGCUGGCGCUGAUAGGCUGGUGGUGGUACAUCUCACGCAAGAAAGAGCGAAUCACCAACCAUGACAGUGAGGCGGGGGCAGCGACCAUGGGCCUGCUGGCUUCCCCGGCCCCCAGUGACGGCAGCAACGGCCUGGUAGAGAAAGGGACAGUGUCCCUCUGCGCCACAGCCACUACCCCCACAACCAGCAGCAGCUGCAGAGAGAGAACAGCCAGCAGCAGAGUCAGACCAUCCAAGACCAAAGAGCAACGGUCAACAGAACAGGAGGUAGUAGCUCAGAUUCACAUCCCGGCCAUUAAGGCCCAGGCAGUAGAGGUACAGAGUACAUCCUGUUCACCUACAGAGAGGGCCUCCCACCACCCAGACAGAGCCAACGCAGUCACAGACCCUGGUGUAGAUAGGUGCCAACAGACACCCAGGAGCAGUUCUUCUCCUGCAGCCUCAACCUUACCAACACAGACCAGGAAGGAGAGCUGGGCUCUCCAGGGAGAACGCGGGGCCACUGGGCAGAGACCGCCAGCCGCCAUUGCCUAUGUUACAAAGCCGGUGAAAUCAACGGUUACUGAGCAGGUCCCUGCUUCAGUGAAGAAGGCCAUCGCCACAGCAUCAGAAGCACUUGUACUGUCCCAGACGGCCCACGCUACGGCUAGUUCCUCCACAGCAGCAGACCUGAUGAAUGCAGAGAGGCCUGAGCCAGAGGGGGAGGUGGCAGCAGCACAUGAGGCAGCAGUGGCCUUCACCCAGAACCUACAAGUGGAGCUGGUGGCUAAAGAUGCCCUCCUGGUCCCGUCCAGCAGUACCAAAAAUGAGCUGCCCUCCUCGUCUUUCGUCCCAGCUGAGACACCGGCCCAGGCCCUGAAAGUAGUCACACAUGAGCCUCUUUUCCCAGAGACCCCCACAUCUUCGCAGGGCUCCUACCAUGCUGUUGUGACUAGUACUUCGGCCUUCCCGGCCCAAGGCCCCCAGCAGGAGAACGGGCCCCCCUGCAGCAGCGAGGAGCUGGAGGACCUGGCAGCAGGUCUGAUCACUGAGGUCAUCUGGGCAGCCACCCAGGAGGUCCUCAGUGUUACCUCCUGUCCAGAGACCUGGCUCGGCCAAUCCGCUGCCGAGCCCUGCUGCAGAAGCACCCCGCUGGCCAAUGGGAGGCCAUGCUCUGAGCAAGAGCCACUCACAAGGAACAUGGAUGAAGGGCCCUCCCCAAUAAGCCACGCUGAGACGGAGUGGAGAGCGCAGCAGAAAGAAGGGAUGCCCAACGGUUGCCCGCCCGCCCCGGCAUGGGAGCCAAUGGGGACAGCAAACGCACUGAGUAACCCCUGGGCGGCGGCAGCAGCAGCAUCCUCGCAGGAGGGGAGGCGUGAGGUCAGCAGCGUACCUGUCAACCUGGACAAACUGAAGGGAAAUGAAGGGGUGGUGGUCGAGGACUCAGCCUGCAGCAUGUGCCACUCUGAGGAUGGGGUCAGCAGUGAGGACCAGCAGAGCAGGGAGAGCCAGGAGGAUCUGAUCCAGGUGUCAGGGAUGUCUGAGGGGGAGGGUGGUCUGCGCCAGGCCCCAGAAGAGGUAGUGACCAAGGAACAAGUGAUGGCAGCCCUACCAGGCCAUGUGCUGGGGGCUGUUGGCGACGUGAAGAGGCUCAACGGGAUGGCCCUGAGGAACGGUUCUCAUGGGAUGAGUGAGACUGAGACCGAUCAGUCUGGAGGCUCGGAUGUGAACAGUAUGGAUUCGGUGGAUAGUGGCUGCACCAUGGGGGCUAGGGACAGUAGUGGCAGCCCUGCCAUGGCUCUGGGCUCUGAACUUAUCGUUUGGGAGAUUGAGGUGCCAAAGCAUCUGGUGGGUCGGUUAAUUGGGAAACAGGGGCGAUACGUGAGCUUCCUGAAGCAAAGCUCUGGUGCAAAGAUCUAUAUCUCCACCCUGCCUUACACUCAAGAGUUCCAGAUCUGCCACAUAGAGGGCUCCCAGCAGCAGGUGGACAAAGCGUUGUCCCUGAUCGGGAAGAAGUUUAAGGAUUUGAACCUGACCAACCUCUAUGCCCCCCCACCUCUGCCGCUCACGCUGCCCUCGCUGCCCAUGACCUCCUGGCUCCUGCUCCCCAGCGGUGUCACCGUGGAGGUGAUCGUAGUGAACAUUGUAUCGGCGGGUCACCUCUUCGUCCAGCAGCACACACACCCUACGUACCACGCCCUGCGCAGCCUGGACCAGCAGAUGUUCCUGUGUUACUCCCAGCCAGAGACACCCACCCUGCCCUCACCUGCUGAGGUGGGGGUGAUCUGUGCGGCGCCGGCGGUAGAGGGAGCCUGGUGGAGAGCCCAGGUCAUCUCCUUCUACAAAGAGACCAGCGAGGUUGAGAUACGAUAUGUGGACUAUGGCGGCUAUGACCGAGUGAAGAUUGACACACUAAGGCAAAUAAGGUCGGACUUCGUAACAUUACCGUUCCAAGGUGCAGAAGUAUUACUGGACAACAUCGCCCCCCUUCCAGGAGAGAAUAGCUUUUCAACCGAGGCCACCUCUGCACUGGAGGAGAUAACGAGAGGGGUAGCACUGCUUGCACAGGUCACAAACUACGACAACAACACUGGUCUCCCAUUGGUCCAGAUGUGGAACAUGGUUGGAGAAGAGCUGGUAUCAGUUAACCGCACACUGGCAGAGCGAGUGUUGGGUACCUGGGUGGACAGCUUUUGAACCUUGCUGCCCCCUACUCAUCAACCCCUUCUCAGUUCUACCACACCCCUCCUAGAUCCCUUCUUCUGACCUAAUCUCUGGAGUCUGACCCAACCAGCCCUCCAGAAACACCCCAUAACACUUCAAUGGAAGAACACAACCACUGGAUUUUGGGAAUAAUUCAUUUUUUUUGUGGCUUUUUUACACCAGAUUUCACAAAGAAUAAAAAUGGUUGUAUGCAGAAAAUAUAUGAAGUACUACUUCAGAAUAAGCCAACUCCCCUCCUCUCCUCCCCCACACACCAAAAGAACUUAAAGAAGGAAAAUAAAGUACUUGUACAUUUUAAAAAUAGAUCUAUAUUGUAAAUAAAGGUCGAUCUGAUUUUUCGUCCUACCUGACAUUUCACUCCACAACUUUGCCUGUGGAUUCUCAUCAUGCUGUGGAUGUAUAACUCAACUCAAUAGGAAAGAGUGUCAAUGGAGAACUAACCUCACUGUCAGCUGUAAUUACAUGUAUACACUUGUAUAGUGAUAUCAAAGGAAUUGGGCUUUGAAGACUGGGCUAAGUGUGGGGUUUCUAUAUUAUUGUAUGUAGUGCAGUAGCCAGUCCCCAUUUCAUGUGCCGGCAGGCUGUGUCUCGUCGUUUGGCCUCAUCAUGACAGCCGUGGACAUACAGGCCUGGGGGGCCAAGAAUGGCAUCUGGAUUCAUGGUUGUGACUGACGCCCUCGUCUAUGGAGACAAAUAAAUGUAGAUCUCAGCUUUGUUGUCAAGGAAACGGACGGAGUGGGGGGGAUUCCUUUCUCCGACCACCUGACUUGGGUGACUGACUGGGAGAACGUGCAGAACCGGGAUCCCAGGAGUCGCUGAAGGCCUGCUCAUCUGCCCUGGCCUCUCCAGUCUGUACAACACUGUGGCCUUAUGGAGAAACCGAACGGGCUUCCUUUUCUGAGAUCUCCAACUGACCUGCAAGCAGACCAACCUGACCCAUCUUUCCCCAUGCAAUCGCUGGUUGCCUUCAGCAUCUAUCCAUUGUCCUGCCUGGCAUCUCAGCUGAUGCACCCACCACUACAUUUCAGAUCCACUACUGUUGUCUGGCACUGGAGUUGUUGAGUCUGGGCCAUGACAUGGAAGGGUAGGGGUGCACUAGCUCCACCCCCCCCCCACCCCCCUCCUUCUUGACUGACUCCAGGGGCCUCGCGCAACUCUUGGUGCAACUGUCUAAGGACUUUGAGAGAGGACACCACUGUGCAGUUAGCAUUGGUGUGUGUGUGGAAACACUACAGCCACGGACAGGCCUCUCAUACCUGACCAGGAACUCUUACAAAGCAUCUUACAUUAACAUAACUUAGCCCAGCUCAGUCAGGAUAGGCCCAGUGCUUAUAUUAAAAUCAGUCUGUCUUCUAAUAUGCAUGUUAACCUGCCCAGGUCUGUGUCCCUCUUAAGGUCUUCACUGUGUUUUCUCCUACGUACUUACCCCGUAACAUUAUUACACUUUACAUUUGUGUUGCAGUUUCCAUACUUACAAGCAGUUUAAUGGAUCCUAAAUGAAGUCUUGCGGACAACACGAGGGUUGAAUGUGUUUUUGUAGCCCAUUUGCACUGUGGGAAAUUAGGUCCUUGACACUACCUGUCCUCUUCACUCAGCAGCGUAUGAAAGUGAGCCAUGAGAAUCAGUCUCUCACACUGCAGAUAUUAUUGUAAAAGAUGGCUUCAUACUGUGAUCUGCUUUGGUCUUGUUGGGUUUUGCAUAGGAAUUAAUUGCUUUGUCAUUUAUUGAACAGAAUACACUUUUUAAAUAUUUAACUGCUUAUUUUUCCUGAUGGGUGGUGGUGUUGUCGUCGCCCCCCCAAUUGAAUUGCUCUGGUAAUAAGGCAGCUUCCGUCCCUGUGCUUGGUCUUAUUGAAGUUAAGAACCAGGAUAGAUUUUGGAUUUUACCUAACGGUUUCGCUUGACUAUUCCUGCAUUACUAUUAAACUUGACAGCGUUGGCAUGUAAACCAAAUGACAAUACUUACCUCCUAUACAUAUUGAUCACAUAGGUUAACUGCACUUUAUCAACCUUGCUACUAGAGUAUAUAUUUCACACAUUUUGUGGGAUUGAUUGAUCCAUGUUUCAGGAAUGGUUCGUUAUGAGGUUGAUGCACAUGCUGCUAGUUCAGAAGGCAGCUGUUGCGAGGUGUUUUUAAAUGUCACUUAUUAGUCAGUCCAGUGUUUGGUACUGUAUCUCCCCUACCCGAUAACUGUUCAUGUUUCUGGAACCAUAGGAAAUAAGGCUUCUAGCUACUAUACUGAACAAAAAUAUUAAUGUCAAGUGUUGGUCCCAUGAGCUGAAAUAAAAUUACCCAGAAAUGUUCCAUAUGCACAAAAAGCUUAUUUCUCUCAAAUUUUGUACCCAAGUUUGUUUCCAUUCGUGUUAGUGAGCAUUUCUCCUUUGCCAAGAUAAUUCAUCCACCUGAUAAGUGUGGCAUAUCAAGAAGCUGAUUAAACAGCAUGAUCAUUACACAGGUGCAUCUUGUGCUGGGGACAAUAAAAUACCACUAUAAUGUGCACAACACAAUGCCACAGAUGUCUCAAGUUUUGAAGGAGCGUGCAAUUGGCCUGCUGACUGCAGGAAUGUCCAACUAAGCUGUUGCCGGAGAAGUUUGUUCAUUUCUUUACCAUAAGCCGCCUCCAACAUCGUUUUAGAGAAUUUGGCAGUACGUCCAACCGGCCUCACAACCACAGACCACAUGUAACCACGUCAGCCCUGGACCUCCACAUCCGGCUUCUUAAUUUCUUUCUGUAAUAAUGCCCUUUUUGGGGGAAAAAAACUAUUCUGAUUGGCUGGGACUGGCUCCCCAGUGGGUGGGCCUAUGCCCUCCCAGGCCCACCAAUGGCUGCACCCCUGCCCAGUCAUGUAAAUCCAUAAAUUAGGGGCAAAUGAAUUUAUUUAAAUGGACAGAUUUCCUUAUAUGAACUGUAACUCAGUAAAAUCUUUGAGAUUGUUGCAUGUUGGGUUUAUGUUUUUGUUCAGUAUAACUUGCAACAUAUUCAAGGGGCGUACAUGUCAUGGCUUGCUUGGGUUAGAGUCCAAAGCUGGCGUGGAGCAGGAGCCAUAUUGUUUGAUAUUUUCAGCCCCUUAACUUCAUGUUUCAAAGAGCCAUUUCAAGCAAUGUCCUCUUUGAUUCCAGCUUGAUUAUGUCACAAUCAGUAAAGAUGAAUUACUCCAUUGAUCCAAAUGACACCCUUCUGUCCUGUCAUCCAAACUCCUAUCAUGCUUGAAAGAACUAGAAUUAUUGCUUGACUUGUGCAGGUCUGUGUAAAUAAGAUAUUUCACUGGACUUUUGUAUAACACUGGAAACAAAGGGAACAUGUUUUUUUGUUUGUUUUGUUUUUGGUUCACCCCUUCCAAAACCGCUCAUUGUUCUAUUGGUAGGACUGGUUUGAAGUGUUUGCUUAGCUAGAUAAUUAAUCAUUUGAUUUUUUAAACGAGUGUAAGAAAUCCUGCCCAGAGCGUUUAACAUGUACAUGUCAGUUUUUGCGAGGCUCAUCAAAGGUUUGGUUCUUGGUUGUACAGAUCUAUUAAAAAAUAAAAUAAAGUUAUAAAAAAUGCUA